AUUUUAUAAUUAACUUUAAAAAAAGAAGAAGAACCAAAACCCGCCCCCCCUUCCUCCCCUUCCUCCCUUUCUGCUUCGCACUCUCACCCUCGUCGACUUCCACAUUUCAUCUUUCUCAGAGCUCCACUGCAAAUCCACGAGUGAAGGCUCCUUCUUCUAUCUAUCAAUUCCCAAAUUCAAUUCGGCUUGCCCAAUUUAGGGUUUUUGAGUUCAGGUUUGGCCAGAAGGUUCUUGCUAUGGCUACAUCGACGUAUCCACCACCACCCCCAUAUUAUAGGCUCUACAAAGAUUACUUGCAAGACCCCAAAUCAGCCCCGGAGCCUCCCCCUCCAAUUGAAGGGCCAUUCCUUUGCUACGGUGCUAAUCACACUAUUGAUGAGAUACUUCCAAGCUUGGAAGAACAGGGAGUGCGUCAACUCUACCCAAAAGGCCCAAAUAUUGACUUUAAAAAGGAAUUAAGGUCACUUAACAGAGAAUUGCAGCUGCACAUUUUGGAGCUGGCUGAUAUUCUUGUAGAGAGACCAUCACAAUACGCAAGGAGAGUGGAAGAGAUAUCUCUCAUCUUCAAGAACUUACAUCAUCUUCUCAACUCAUUGCGGCCCCAUCAGGCUAGAGCAACGCUAAUUCACAUUCUAGAACUUCAGAUACAACGUCGUAAACAAGCUGUGGAGGAUAUAAAGAGGAGGAGAGAAGAAGCACAGGGACUUCUCAAGGAGUCUAUUGGAACGUUGGAGGACAACGGUGCAUCUUUUGCUCUAAAGUAAGGAUUGUGCUGGUACUCGUUAUUCUACCACCAAUUAAAGCCUCUUCGACAGUUGCAUCUAAUCCCGUCAUGCUUUUAUUUAUUAGAAAAUUCACCUUGUACUAUGCUUAAUUCCGGUCUCGAGCGUGUUCUAGAACGAAGGCGUGAUUCAGUUCUCUUCUCGUCAAAAGAAAAUGAGAAAAGAACGAUUCAGUUAUCGUUGUAAACAGAGUAAAAACUAUUGAAUGGUGGUGGUGCAUGAAUGGUAUUCUCGCUGCUCUACUGCUCUGCAAUCUAUAUCUGUAUAUUACCAAACAUGGAAACAUAAUUUUGACAAAUUCAAGAGCUCAUCUACAAGAGCAAA